AUGUCUACUGCCACGCAAGUGCAAAUUGUAGACGGCAUGGCGUUGCCCCAAAUCUUUAAUGGUUUGCGGUCCAAUAAGGAAGAGGAAAGGAAUCGAUAUGCAUUCGAACUAAGAAAUUACCUAGCCUCCAUUGCGAGAGAUUACUCAUCAGAACAAUUCAAUAGAUAUAAUAACGAUAUUAACAAGAAAAUCUUUGAGUUAUUGCAUUCCUCAGAUCUGUCAGAAAAAUUGGGAGGUAUUGCGGCAUUAAACUCGUUGAUUGACUUUGAUUCGGGUGUUGGAGAAGAAAAUGCGACCAAGACUGCCAGGUUCUCCAACUAUUUGGGUACUUUGAUUGUCUCGAAUGAUUUGACAAUUAUGAAGCAGGCUACUAAGACGUUGGGGAAAUUAGCCACUCCAGGGGGGACACUAACUGUUGACUUUGUCGAUUUUGAAGCAAAAAGAGCCAUUGAAUGGUUACAGAGUGAUACUAGGCAACAUGAAAAUAGACGUCACGCCGCCAUUCUCAUCAUAACGGCGUUGGCAGAUAAUGCCCCCACCUUGUUGUAUCCCUUUAUUAAUCAAAUAUUGGAGCAUUUGUGGAUACCCUUGAGAGACCAUAAGCUCAUAAUCCGAACCGAUGCAGCGGUGGCUCUUCAGAGAUGUAUGGCUAUCAUCUACGAUCGUGAUGUCGAUUCAAGAAGGUUCUGGAUCAAGAAUUUGAUAGACCUGGCUAGUAAAGUAUUAAACGAAAAACAAUUAUCUCAGCAUCAGGCAAACCAGGCUGAAGAGAUCACUGGGUACGAUGAUUCCACACCCUUCGGCAUUGCUGCCAACACGGCAUAUAAUCUUAUAACUGCGACUACAUCAGGAUUGCAAUCAAGUGAGGCCAUCCAUGGCUCUCUAUUGGUUUAUAGAGAACUUGUAAAGUACCAUGAGGAUCCUUACAUUCAGGCCAAAUUCGAGUUAAUCUUCGAGAGUACUAUCUUGUAUAAAAACCACAAGCUUUCAGUUAUAAGACAGGCAUUGACCGACAUAUUCCCAUUGCUUUGCCGAGUAAAUCCUGUUCUAUUUGUUGAUAAUUAUUUGCAUAGAACAUUGGUUCACUAUUUAUCACAAUUAAAAAAAUAUAAGAAUAAUCAUGGUGAGUCUGCAAAUUCUGAUAAGUCUGCAAUCUUCAGGAGUAUCGGUUUAAUUUCUUUGGAAGUGGGGAAUCAAAUUGCGACAUACCUUGAUGCCAUCUUGGAUAAUAUCAGAGACGGCUUGUCAUAUCCCGGAAACUCUAGUGUACAACUGAUCAUAGUUAAUGCCGUCACCGGCGGGGCUGGAGGAAGUUCUAAUAAUAACGCUAUUAAUGGUGGAAAUCCAAAUGGGAACUCUAUCAAUGAUGAUAAUAAUGGAAAUAAUAUGAAUGGUAAGGGCUCGAUCUCAUCCAGUGAUUCCAAUAUUAUUGCCAAUACUGUUAAUAACAAGGGUAUAACCGGAUCCAAUAGUAACAUGUUAAACAAUAACAAUGUGAAUGUUACAGGUAACAUACAUCUCAAUUCAGGCGGAGGUUCUACCUCACUAGGGUCGUCUGCUUUGACAGCUCUUGCAUCUACGGUUACAGGCUCUACAAAGUACAAAUCAUCAAGAAAGGAAACAGAGCCUGCCAUUUUCGAUUGUAUUGGCAAAUUAUCUAUUGCCGUUGGACCUGCUUUAACCAAGCAUUUACAGAGGGAUAUUUUAGAUAUGAUGUUUAGCAACUGUUCUCUCUCCCACCACAUGCAGAAUGUAUUGCAGACUUUAAUAAUCAAUAUCCCUACAUUAACUGCAUUGAUUAAUAUGAAACUAUUAAAUUUGUUAAGUUUGGUUCUUUCAGGUAAAGUAUUCCAACCUCCUGGGUCUCCAUACGGAAGUAUUAGAAUGAAUAUACCUCUUGCCAAAGAUUAUAGAUUGAUUAUGAUCACUAGGGAUACAGGAUUAAGCAUAAACAAUAUCUUAUCCAAUUUGGAAAACUAUGAUUUUUAUGAUAGUGGAAUUCUCAUAAAGGCAUUGGAAAUGUUGGCUUUUUUCAAAUUUGAAAACUAUCAAUUGAAUGAAUUUGUGAGAUAUUGCACAAUAUCAUAUCUUGAACAUAACAACCCGCAAGUGAGACAAGUAGCUGCUAUUACUUCCUGUGAAAUAUUUGUCAAAGACCCUAUAUGUCAUCAAACAAGUGUCUAUGCUUUAAGUGCAGUAAAUGAAGUAUUGGAUAAAUUAUUAUCGUUGGCGAUUACGGACCCUAUACCUGAGAUAAGGCUAGAAGUAUUGCAAUGUCUUGGAGAAAAAUCAAGUGGCAGCUUUGACCCUCAACUCUCACAAGCAACCAAUGUGAGGUUGUUAUUUAUCGCUUUAAACGAUGAAGUAUUUAGCAUUAGAAAGGUCACAAUCAAAAUAUUAGGUAGAUUGUCUUCGAUAAACCCGGCAUACAUCGUCCCGUCGUUGAGGAAAACAUUGAUCCAGUUGUUAUCAAGGUUAGACUAUUCAACUGCUAGUCGUAAAAAGGAAGAAAGCGCAGUACUACUCUCAUUGUUGAUCUCAAAUUCAAAAGAAUUGACAAGACCAUACGUUAAACCGAUUGUUGAAGCGUUAUUACCCAAAGCUAAGGAUCUCACCAGCUCAGCAGUCGCGUCAAGUGCGAUUAACUGUCUUGGGGAACUAGCUGUAGUUGGAGGAGAAGAUUUAAAGCCGUAUAUUGCAGAUCUUAUGCCAUUGAUUUUAGAUACUUUUCAAGAUCAGAGUUCAUCAUACAAGAGAGAUGCGGCUUUAAAGACUUUGGGACAAUUAGCAUCAUCUUCAGGCUAUGUGAUUCAGCCACUACUUGAUUAUCCACAGUUACUCGGUAUGUUGGUAAAUAUUUUGAAACUGGAAACUUCACCUAAAAUAAGAAGAGAAACCGUAAGAUUAUUAGGUAUAUUAGGUGCUUUAGAUCCUUAUAAACACCGUGAGGUUGAACAGAACUCUAAAAGUAUUCCUGCUGAACAGAACGCGCCUCCUAUCGAUGUUGCUCUUUUGAUGCAAGGAAUGUCUCCUUCUAAUGACGAAUAUUACUCGACAGUUGCAAUUAGUAACCUCAUGAAAAUAUUGAAAGAUCCUUCAUUGAGCAAUCACCACAAUAAAGUUAUUCAAGCUAUCAUGUAUAUCUUUCAAACUUUAGGUUUAAGAUGUGUCUCUUUCUUGCCUCAGAUUAUUCCUGGUAUUAUCAAUGUGAUGUAUACGUGUCAGCCGGCUAUUUUAAAGUUUUAUUUCCAACAAUUGAGUGGCUUGAUCUUAAUUGUGAAGCAGCAUAUAAGACCGUUUUUAGGAGAAAUAUUCAAAGUAAUCAAAGAGUUCUUUGAUAUCAAUUCUCAGCAGUCUAUACAAAUCAUUAUAAUUGCUUUAAUUGAAAAUAUCUCAAGAGCAUUAGAAGGAGAGUUUAAGGUCUAUUUACCUGAAGUUUUAUCUACACUACUUAACGUCUUUGAAGAUGACAAAUCACCUAAGAGGGAAUCCUCUAUAUACGUUUUGAGGCUGCUUGUCAUAUUUGGUAGCAAUAUUGAGGAAUAUGUCCAUAUUGUUGUCCCAUCUAUUGUGAGAAUGUUUGAAGUUGGUCCAAUUCAUUUGAGAAGAGCUUCCAUCGAAGCGAUUGGCAGAUUGUCGAAGAACGUAAUUUUGAAUGAUAUGAUUUCAAGAAUUAUACAUCCAUUGUUGAGAGUGUUGCAGAGUACUACAGCUCUGGGUUAUAAUGAUUUACAAUCAUUAGUAAACACUCCAGGCACUACUUCUACCGCCCUCGUUUCUUCGAGUGGAGUAGGUGGCGUUUCUGGCGGCAACGGAAGUGGAUCUAGUGCUGGAUCCACAAUUGAGGAUUUGAAAGUUGCAUGCAUGAAUACUCUACUGGCACUUUUAACUGUUCUAGGAGUUGAAUUUACAGUAUUCAUUCCAGCUAUCAAGAAGGUAUUGAUCAGUGGACACAUUAAUGCUCCUCACUUUGAGAUGCUUGUAAAUAAACUAUUAAGUGGCGAUCCAUUACCGUCAUCAACGUCUACUCCCUAUAAGGAUUCCGAUACCCAUAUGAUAAAUUUUGACAUGCCAGAUGUUGACAUGCCCUCUAAAAAAUUACCUGUUAAUCAGACUGCCUUGAAACUUGCUUGGGACUCCAGCCAAAGAAGAACUAAGGAAGAUUGGCAAGAGUGGAUUGGGAGAUUAAGUAUGGAAUUACUAAAACAAUCUCCUUCACAUGCUAUGAGAUCAUGCGCUGGUUUGGCAAGUGAUUACUACCCAUUAGCGAAAGAUUUAUUCAAUGCCAGUUUUGCAAGUUGCUGGAACGAAUUAUACUCUCAGAACCAAGAAGAAUUAGUUCAAGCGUUCUGCAUUGCAUUAUCUUCACCAAAUAACCCACCGGAAAUUCACCAAAUUUUAUUGAACUUGGCUGAGUUUAUGGAACAUGAUGACAAAUCAUUGCCAAUAAGUAUAUCAACUUUGGGUCAAUAUGCUCAGCGUUGUCACGCUUACGCUAAGGCAUUACAUUAUAAAGAAUUGGAAUUCUAUGAAGAACCAACUACUCCUACAAUCGAGUCUCUUAUUAGUAUUAACAAUCAAUUGCAACAGUCGGAUGCCGCAGUUGGUAUUUUAAAACAUGCUCAAAUGCAUCAUGAUCUUCAAUUGAAAGAAACUUGGUACGAAAAGUUACAGAGAUGGGAUGAUGCUUUGAGAGCUUACAAUGAGAGAGAGAGAUUAGAACCUGAAAAUAUUGAGAUUACGAUGGGUAAGAUGAGGUGUCUUCAUGCUUUAGGAGAGUGGGAGCAAUUAUCCGAGUUAGCCCAAAGCAAGUGGAAUAAUUCUUCAAGCGAUAUCAAGAGAAGUGUUGCACCAUUAGCUGCCGCUGCUGCUUGGGGAUUAGGUCAAUGGGAUAGAAUGGAUAUUUGUAUUAAGGUCAUGAAAACAGAAUCUCCUGACAAAGCUUUUUUUAACGCUAUUUUGUGCUUACAUCGUAAUAAUUUUGAAGAUGCUUCGAAUCAUAUCUUAAAAGCCAGAGAUUUGUUGGUCACUGAAAUUACUGCUUUGGUAAGUGAAAGUUACAACAGAGCUUACGGUGUGGUUGUCAGAGUCCAAAUGUUGGCAGAAUUGGAAGAAAUCAUCAAGUAUAAGUGUUUGCCUCAAGGUUCUGAAAAGAGAGUAGUAAUGAGGAAAACAUGGAAUACCAGGUUACUUGGUUGCCAAAGAAAUGUUGAUAUUUGGCAGAGAAUGCUCAAGGUUAGGGCUCUUGUUAUUAAACCAAAACAAGAUAUGGAUAUGUGGAUUAAAUUUGCAAACUUGUGUCGUAAAUCUGGUAGAUUGAAUCUUGCAGAGAAGUCAUUGAAUUCCCUUUUGGAAGAAGGGUCACCUGAGAAUCCUUCAAAGGCUCCUCCACAAGUUGUUUAUGCCCAAUUAAAGUACAUGUGGGCCAAGGGUCAACAAAAGGAAGCUUUGAGGCACUUGGUUGACUUUACUACUAGAAUGUCCCAAGAUUUAGGAUUGAAUCCUAAUGAUCUUAUUACUCAACCUUUACCUUCCGAAGGGCCAGGUAUUCCAAAACACGUUGAAGAAUACACUAAAUUACUCUCAAGAUGCUUUUUAAAACAAGGUGAGUGGCAAAUUGCUCUCAACAGUAAUUGGAGAAUGGAAACAUCAGAAAUCAUCUUAGGUGCAUAUCUCUUGGCCACACAUUUUGAUGAUAAAUGGUACAAAGCAUGGCACAAUUGGGCGUUGGCUAAUUUUGAGGUCAUCUCGUUGUUCACUUCACUGAGCAAUACCAAUUCAGCUGCUGAUACUGGUGGUGAAAUCAUGGAACAGAAUGAAACUAUGAAGGUUGGAACCACCAAUCCAACAAAUGAUGAGAUAGAAGAUAAAUUGAAGAAACAAGAUCUUCAACGUUCUCAAUCACAACCAGCAUUGGAUGCCCAAAUAGCUCUGAAUGCGUCACCAAGCCAAUUACCUUCUCAAUCACUUCCCGAUACUAAAGGAGAGGACCUGCAACCUCCAAGCAGUACUCAAAUUCAGCCAGCAAAUGUCAUUCCAAUUGAAGCCGUUCAACGCCAUGUUGUGCCUUCAGUUAAGGGCUUCUUCCACUCCAUUACGUUGUCGAAUUCGAAUUCUUUGCAGGACACCUUGAGACUUCUUACCUUAUGGUUUAAAUUUGGAGGAAUUGCUGAAGUUGCUCAAGCUAUGACAGAAGGAUUUAGUAUGGUCAAAAUUGACAAUUGGUUGGAAGUCAUUCCUCAAUUGAUUUCUAGAAUCCACCAACCAAAUCAAGUCGUAAGUAGAUCUUUAUUCGGUCUUUUAACUGAUUUGGGUAAAGCACAUCCUCAAGCAUUGGUGUAUCCAUUAGCUGUUGCUGUGACUUCUGAAAGUGUUAAGAGACAAAAGGCCGCAAUGUCCAUCAUUGAUAAAAUGAGAUUGCAUUCCGCUGAAUUAGUGGAUCAAGCAGAGCUUGUGAGUCACGAAUUGAUUAGAGUUGCGGUCUUAUGGCAUGAACAAUGGUACGAAGGUCUUGAAGAUGCGUCAAGGUUAUUCUUCGGUGAACACAAUACGGAGAAGAUGUUUGAAGUUUUAGAACCAUUACAUAAGAUGAUUCAGAAUGGAUCUGAGACUAUGAGAGAAUCUACCUUCAAUAAUGCAUUUGGUAGAGAACUUUCAGACGCUUAUGAAUGGAUCUUGAAUUACAGACGUACCAAAGAUGUUACAAACUUGAACCAAGCAUGGGAUAUAUAUUACAAUGUUUCUCGAAGAAUCCAUCGUCAAUUACAACAAUCUCAAAGUUUAGAGUUGCAAUAUGUUUCUCCUAAACUUGAAGAAAUACGCGAUCUUGAAUUGGCAGCUCCAGGUACUUAUCAAGCUGGAAAACCAAUAAUUAGAAUAUCUAAGUUUGAUCCUACUCUAAGUAUCAUUAUGUCAAAGCAAAGACCCAGAAAGGUCUGCUGCCGUGGUAGUGAUGGUAAAGAGUACCAGUACUUGUUGAAGGGUCAUGAAGACAUUAGACAAGAUAAUUUAGUCAUGCAACUUUUCGGUUUAGUGAACACAUUAUUGGUCAAUGAUGCUGAAUGCUUCAAGAGACAUUUAGAUAUUCAACAAUUUAAUGCUAUUCCGCUAUCACCAAAGGUUGGCCUUUUAAGUUGGGUUCCUAAUAGUGAUACUUUCCACGUUCUUAUCAAAGAAUAUCGUGAGAGCCGUAAAAUUUUGUUGAACAUUGAACAUCGUAUCAUGCUUCAAAUGGCUCCAGACUAUGACAGCUUGACGCUUUUACAGAAGGUCGAAGUUUUCACUGGAGCAUUAGACAACACAAGAGGACAAGAUUUGUACAAAGUAUUGUGGUUGAAGUCUAAGUCAUCGGAGUCAUGGCUUGAUCGUCGUACCACUUACACCAGGUCGUUGGCAGUUAUGUCCAUGGUAGGAUAUAUUCUUGGCCUAGGCGAUAGACAUCCUUCCAAUUUGAUGCUUGAUAGAAUCACAGGUAAGGUUGUCCAUAUCGAUUUUGGUGAUUGUUUUGAAGCAGCGAUUUUACGUGAAAAGUAUCCUGAAAAGGUUCCAUUCCGUUUGACUAGAAUGCUUAACUAUGCAAUGGAAGUAAGUGGUAUUGAAGGCUCAUUCCGUAUAACUUGUGAACAUGUAAUGAGGGUGUUAAGAGAUAACAAAGAGUCUUUAAUGGCUAUAUUGGAAGCUUUUGCCUAUGAUCCGUUGAUCAACUGGGGUUUCGACUUCCCAACGAAAGCGGUUGCAGAGGCCACAGGAAUUAGAGUUCCUCAAGUCAAUAUUGUUGAAUUGUUGAGAAAUGGUCAAAUUGACGCGCAAGAAGCAGCAAGACUUACAAGACAAAAUGAAUUAGAGAUAAGAAAUGCAAGGGCAGCUUUAGUUUUGAAGAGAAUCACUGAUAAAUUGACUGGUAAUGAUAUUAAGAGGCUAAAGGGACUCGAUGUACCCACUCAAGUUGAUAAGUUAAUUCAACAAGCUACAAGUGUUGAAAAUUUGUGCCAACAUUAUAUUGGUUGGUGUUCGUUCUGGUAA